AGGAAAAUCCUCUUCUCGUUUGCUUUCGUUUUCAUUCUGCUUUAAAGCUUUUUAUUCCUCCUUUCCGGUCCCUCUUGGCUCAGCUCUGCGCCCCCUCGAGCGAGUCUGCGUGAAGUCGUCAUGGAAGCGACUGAAGGUGUCUGUGUCUCGCUGCAUUCCGUUUUCGCAUUCACUGCUGCCACAUUUCCAUUGCUGCACUGUGCGCUGUUCACACAAACACACACACGGCCGGUUCUUUAUUCUCCCUUUUGUUAGUUGCUUAAAAUAUAUAUAGGGAAAGAAACACCCCUUUUCGAUGGCUUAUGUCCCUGCGCUCCCGCACGCCUUUUCAGAAAGUGGGUGACUGACGCAACAACGCUCCUUCGUUUAGUUGGGGAGAGAGGGCGAAAGAAAGGAAGAAAAGGGACGGUGUGUGGUAGGGCGGCAUUGGGUUCCGCCGAGUGCGAUCUCGCCCCCUCCCCUAAGCCCAACCCAACCAGCUGCUGCGUUUAUGAUUCUGCUUUUCUUUCUUUUCCGAGACGGCACUUACUCCGUUGUUCUCCUCUUACCAUCUUGUCGUUCUUCGUUGCCUUCUCUUUGUGUUCUUGUGUCGUUUCUGCGACCACUUUACCUUCUACACGCUUUCACUGUCCAUAUCUACAACAACCUUAUAUAUAUAUUGCUGGCCCAAACCCACAGCUUUGUUCGUUGUUGUUUCAAGUAUAUAUCCAUCUAUCAUCACCAUUCAGCGUAAAUCUUUUUUCCCCCUUUUUCCCUGUCCCCCCUUCACUCCGUACAGAGAAGAAAACGUUCUUUUUUGAAAUAUCUCUGUCUCUUGCGUUUGUCUUCUCUGUACUUACUUCCCCUCAUUUUUUAUGAAAGAAGUGUCUCCUUUUCUAUUUCCAAAUAAAAGAGCUUAUUAGCUUUAGUGUUGUCCUUUGACUUUCCCUCUUCCUCUUCUUCUUCGUUUUUACGAUUGACGCCGUUCGUCCUCGGCGAACCUGCCAUCGCACGCUUUGUUUUCGUUUCCGUUUUCUGAAUCCACAUCUUUCACAUCAGCUAUUCGUGUGAAAUACGAAGUUGGUUAUACAAAACGAAAAUACGCAAGAGAACUGUAUACGUCUUUGCAUUCUCACUAAAAAAAGGUUUAAAAAAAUGGCGUCUUCUGCGGCGACACAGCUCUUCCGCGACUUCGUGUGGCAGCCCAUUUCCCCCUCCGCGAAGGGGCCCUCGAAUCUUCCCAUUCGUCGCCCGAGCAACACGAGUGCGCACAACGAAAAUGCAGAUGUGCUGGUCACCGCACCGGGCCUCACGGCCGGCGUGCAGCAACUCAACCGAUCCAUUCGCCGCCGCCUCGUCGCCCGUCGGCGCUUCAAGGACGACCACCACGACACGUGCAUGUUCAUUGAGCGCUCCAAGAACCAGAACGUGGUCGCCUACACGGCGAACUUGGUGGACGGCAAGACGGGCGCCGCUGUCGCGAGCGGAGCGAAGCGGGCCGAUGUCACCUUCAAGGCCAGCGAUCCGCUGCGGGCAUACUGGGUCAAGAUCGAGCCGGAGCACGUCGCCCGCCGCCGCGCCCGCGGCGAGACGGAGGACAUCUGCGAGCUGAACAUGGUGGAACGCAAGCUGGCCUUCGGCUGCAAUGCGAGCCUCCUCACAAAGGAGAAGUUUAUGGCGGAGGUGUUGCCAGACAAAGCCGCGCGCAGUGCGGCCACCGCAGCGGAGAUGGAGGCGAUUGCGCUGCUGUACGACGAGCUGCAUCCCUGUCUUUGCAAGUUCGUGGCCAUGUCGUCGUGGCCGGUAUGGAUGGUGCGGCUGCCGCCGCUGACGGAGAGCACGUCGACCGCGACCGCCGCGCUCGACACGGACGACGACGCCUCUCCGGUUUCGAUGCGGGCGUCUCGUGAGGGAGAAGACGCGGAGGCGAUGGCGUUUAACGCGAACGACACCGUCGUGGCGAUGCUCGCCUUGAUCAAUGGCGAGCUGAGCGUGGUGGAGAGCGUGUACGUGAGCAGCGUGGAGCCGAAGCGCUUCUACCAGCUGCCCAAGGUGGAGUACAUCGAGGUGCACGGCACGUCCCUCGCCACCGGCAAGCCGACCUAUGAGAAGCGGACGACCUAG